AUGGAAGAGAAGCAGAGGGUGUUAGAGAGGGAGAUGGAGCGAGAGAGGGAGCGAGUGAGGGAGCUUGAGAGAAGGGCUGCACUCCAGGCACAGGUGAAGAGGCAGGAGGAGGAGAGGAAGGCGAGGGAAGAGGAGGAGAGGCAGCAGAGGGAGGCAGAAGCAGUGGAGAGGGAAAGGAGGGAAAAGGAGAGGGAGGAACAGGUGAGGCAAGAAAGGCGAAGGAAAGAGAUGGAGAUGAGGGAGAGGAUUCUGAAAGAGAGAGCGAGGGUGGAGAGGGAGAAGAGGGAAGCGGAGCAGAGGGAGAGGGAGAGGGAGGAGAGCAAGAAGAGAGAGAAAGAGAGAAAGGAGCGGGAGAGGAGGCAGCGGGAGGAGGAGGAGAGGCAGAGGAGGGCUAGGGAGGAGGAGGAGAGGGCGCGAGCAGCGUUGGAAGAGGCGGGGCGGAAGGCGAGGGGUGUGUGGCUGCGGUGCGUUGUGAGGAGGUGGAGGCAGAAUGCUGCUCAGAUGGGGCAGCUGCGACGGCUGCGCCAGCUGGCAGUCAGUGAUUGGCAGCUGGAGGGCUCGAUUGCUUUGCAGCCGACUAUGGUGGCAUCCAAGCAAGCCCCGCAGAAGCGGUUGCGGGGAGCAUUAACAUGGGGGCCGCCAGCACUGGGCAAGGCAAGCGCCGACCGAGGGGGUGCUACAGCAGAUAGCGUGCCUGCCCUAGCACCACCCAGUGCCGGUGGCCCCAGGUUCCUCCAUCCAUCUACCGCAUGGGGACCAACAGGCUUCGCUGCUCCAAAUGCAUUCGCUGCGCCCUCUCCUAUAGAUGUGGCACGGCUGGUGGGCUGUAGGCUUGCUGGCAGGCAAGUGCCGUCGAGCAGUGCUGGGCUGCUGCUGAGUGCGCGCCGAGUCGUUUCAUGGAAACUUCUUGUGUGUUGGCCGGAACGCGAAGCGCAGGACACGCCAUCACCAGUCCGUGAUGCCACACACUGGCUCUGCAGCACCCUCUCUGCCCCCCCCCACGCUCUCAACGCCCUCCAGCACCGCACAGAACCACACAGCACACUUCGCAACAGUUCAUCUGCCGCGCAGCCCACUGACCCGUCGCUGCUCGCAUGCUACGUGGGUCCCAUGCCACACCGCACUGCAGCAGGGGAGACAGCACCCAAGCUGCCGGGUGGUGCAUCAGGUGCUGCUUCAGGUGAAAGCAGGCGAGCAGGAGGAGCAGGGUCAGUAUCCGACUCGCUUUUCUGGCUCGUGGUGAGGAGGGUCUCAGCAGAAGCGCAGGGAGGGGAUGGUGGAAGGUUCCUGGAAGGAGCCCAGGCGAUGGUGUGUGUUGUGAAUGGCAACAGCAAUGCAGGGCCCCAGGUGCAGCGCAUCAGAAAGGCCGUGGCGUCGCUCCCAACCUCCCUCACUCCCAUCCCCCUGUUGCUCCUCGUCCUGCCUCCCCACCCGCCACCACCAUCAUCGCCAGCAGCAGCAGCAGCAGCAGCAUCCAUGUCUCUCUGCACAGGCCCCUGUGCCCCUGUGCCCGUUCCCUCCUCCUUCGCCUCCCUCACCCUCUCCCACUUCCAAACUCCCUCCACCCGUCCACCACCCUCUCGUUCCUCCCCUCCAGCCACGUGCCUCUCUGCUCUCCGCAUCCUCCCUCUCGGCCGAUCUACUACACCUCAACCUGAUGACCUGGCUUCUCCUGAUUGGCCUGCCAAGAUUGCCCUGACAAGUGGCCUGCGGUGGUUGGCCGAUUCCUCCCCUCUGCCACCUCAGCUUGCUCCAAUUCCCCUCCGCGAUCUCGUGCUGCGCCACCUGUCGCCAUGUGUCACGCGGCUACUGGCCGUGGACCCCUCACUGGUGCGGCCACAGGAGUGCAUCACUGAGUUCAACGCCAGCCUGGACAGCGCGGCCAAUGACAUCUCGACAGCUGUCGCGGCCUCACCCCCCUCCAGUGGAAAUCCUUUGCCUGAACUGCCUGCUUUGCUGCAGCUGAUGGGGGGACAUCGGGGCGAGAGACGAAGGGAACGCACAGGAGAAAGCAGACGCGGUGAGAUGGAAGAGAGCAGAAGCAAGGCGGACAGCGCAGCUUCAGAGGCAGCAGGUGGACUAGAUUCCUCGCUGCUGCUCGCUUUCCUGCCUCCCCCUGACUGGAACAGCCCGUCUCGCACCUCCAACCUCAGCAGCGCCCUCUCCUCCCUCCGCCUACCCCACUUUCCCGCACUCCAUCUCUCCUCCCCUCAGCAACCCACCCUCACUUCUCCCUCCUCGUCCCCGUCACCCACCCUCGCCCUGCCGCCCCACCUGUCCUCUCUAGCCCCCCAGCUGCACCCCCAGCUGGCCCCGCUCUCGACCGCACUCAACUCCUUCCUUCGCCUGCUGCAGGGCGAUCAGACCUCCCCAGUGCUUCUGGCGCAGCAGGUGCAGCAACUUCUGGCAGAGGGGUGUGGAGUGGUGUGGAGGAGUGGGGCGGAGCAAGGUCAGCGCGGGGAGCAAGGAGGGGAGCAAGGGGGUGUGGGGAGUGCGAGGAGUGCAGGGAGGUUGUGUGCGGUGCCAGUGUGGCCGCGCAUUCUUCUCCCUGUGUUCAUACGUCGCCUGGAUGCUCUCUUCUCAGACCCUCCCCUCACCGCCUUUGUCCUCGCACCCUCUGCUCUUGCUGCUCACACUGCUGCUCACACUGCUGCUCAUGCUGCUGCUCCCCCCUCCCUUGCUCCCUCGAGCCAAUCCACUGCUGUGGUGCCUGCAGCUAUGGCAGUGGAAGGGGGAAUGGAGGUUGGAGCCAGUGCGGUGGAAAGUGGUGCAGUGGGGUUGGGCAGCAUGCUGCCUGUGAGUGCGCUGACGAGGCAGGAAGGUCUCGUUGGGACGGGUAUGGCAAGGGAGCUCAUCAGAACCAGUGGCAGUCCGUGGGUGGGUGCUGCUGCUGCAACGAGUGCAGCAAGCGAGGGUGUGACGGUCGACAAUACAGAGGAAGACGAGGGGAACGAGGUGGUGUCAUCAGCAGAGCUCCCCCCUUUGCUUGCAGCCCCAGCAGCUCCUUCCUUGCCGUAUUCACUUGGGCCAUAUCAAUCCCAUGUGAGCAGUAAAGCAUGGCAUGCAAGCAGUGUGCCCAUCCCCGGUCUCCCCACGUCUCUCAACCUUCUCCGCUCCUCCGCCCCCUCCUAUGCUGCUGCAGCUGCUUUGGCCCCUCGCACCUCUCUCCUAUCAUCCCGACCCACCCCCUCCCCUUCACCCUCCCCUCCUCCAUUGCUGCAGCUCCCCCAUCCAUCCGCCCACACUGCCCCCAUCCACCAACCGCCCCCACACUCCCACCUGCCUCCAGCCUCACACCACGUGCCCCUUUCUCUCUCCCGCACCAAUCACGAGCUCUCUGCACACAUCCUGCCUGUGCCAUCCCAAUCACAACACAGCCUUGGCCGACAUCCACCACUUCCUCUUUACAAGCCCGGCUCGGGUUCUGUUUAUAAGCCUGCCACUCAGCACGGGUGGGAGCGUGGAAAUCAAGUGAAGCGCAAGGCACCGGCAAGUGCAUUGAGUGAUGGGUAUGGCAGUGGUGGGCGUGUGGGCCGUGGGAGUGGGAGAGAGGGUGAUGAAAGAGGAGAGGGUGAGGACAGGGGAGGCAUGGAAAGAAAAGGAAUUGAGAGAGGAUGGGUGGAGAGUGAAGGGAAAGGGAAAGCGGAGCAUUGGUUCGGCCCAGGAGGCAGGAGGCAGCAGAUGAGGCUGGCAGAGGCUGAUGGUCUGGUAGCCAAUGAGAUGCUGCCACGUGGCAUUGUGCGAGCUGCUGACGUGGUUGCUGCAAGUGGUGUUGGUGAGGUUUUUCCACCGGCUGAAGAAGCGGCCAGAUUGGGCGGCCGAGUUGGUGAUGCGGGUGAUAGGCAUGCAAGCGGCAUUGCUGUGGGUCUCGGUGAUGGAGGUGGUGAUAAGGCAGAAGGGUUGCUGAGCGCAGGUGCAAACGAGCGAAGAGUGAGAGAGAUGGUGGAGGAACUGAUGAAAAGGAGACAAGUGACAGCAUGA